UUGGGCUUCUGUGAAUGCCCAUUGUUUGUGUCGCUUUAAACCUAAUGUCAGAGGAGGAGGAGGAGGAGUAGCAGUUGUUUGUGUCCUGAACAGCGUAGUUUCCUCAUUGUGGUGUGUUGGAAACUGAAGCGUAACCAUGAAGCUGGAGAUGCCAGAAGACUUUGAAGAUGUGGCAGUGGAGUUUUCAACAGAAGAGUGGACAAUGCUCAACAAGGAUGAGAAGAAACUUCACAGGGAGGUGAUGGUGCAGAACUUUGAUCACAUGGUUUCAUUAGGGUAUUACAUCCCUUUACAGCAACUGCUCUUCCUGCUUGGGAGACAUGAGGACCAACCAGAUGGGGGCGCAGACACAGAUGAAACUGAAGACAGCGAGAUGUCUGACAGCUCCCCUGACAUGUGCAAGAGGGUAGAUUACCGCAUGGUUCAGAGUCCACAAUCAUCAGUCAAGGAACGUAUAAAAUCGGAAUACGAUGAGAUCUUUCCAGAUAAAAUGCCCAUCACAAGACAUGAUCUGCUUCAGAUAAGUAGACAGUAUAACUAUAUGGAAUAUGACAAGGAUUUUGUUCACAGCAUUAAGCAAACUAAUGGAUUGGAGACACCAGACAACUGUGCAGAAUAUAAAAACUGUUUCGAUGUUUAUGGUAAUCUCAUACCAUUCCACUGUGACGAAAAACAAGAGGACAGUCUGGCAGCAAUUCAACCAAUGCACGCUGAGAAUUCAUAUAAAUGUACCAUAUGUGGCAAGUGUUUUGGGAAGAAGAGGAAUCUUGCAAGACACAAAAAGAUACAUCUUCGAAAUAAACCAUAUAUGCAUCCCACAUAUGAUAUGACAUUAGAGCAGAACAGCAUUUUAGUUGAACACCAAGCUGCCCACAGUGAAGAGAAUCCCUGCAAGUGUGAAACGUGUAGUAGAAGAAUUGAAGAGUCAGGUACCCUUGGGCAAUAUAAAAUCCACACAACACUAAAACUGUUUAAAUGUGCUAAAUGUCCUAAAAGAUUUUCACAGAGGAGCAGCAUGUAUCGCCACCAGAAAAUCCACAGAAAUGAGAAGUUGUGUAAAAGUACUACAUGUGACACAGGUUUAAUGCUAAAGUGUAACUUAGAGCAGGAAGAAGAGAUCCAUGUUGGUGAUAAGCCCUAUAAGUGUGCCAUGUGUGAUCAGACUUUUACACAGAAAGGCAGCAUGAUACGACAUCUAAAUAUCCAUACGGGUGCAAAACUGUAUAAAUGUGCCACGUGUGACAGAGGUUUCACAAGAAAGAGUAGCAUGCUACGACAUCAGAAUACUCAUGUUGGAGAGAAACCAUUCAGAUGUACAAUAUGUGACAAGAGCUUUCUGAAGAGAAGAAAUCUUGUAAGGCAUGUAAAGAGACACAACAGAAUGAGGUUAGACAGUGAGAAUAUGCAUGACGUGAAUUCUGAACAGAAGAACGCUUUAGAAACACAAGAGAAUAUGAAAACUGAAAAAAAUGUCAGUGAAAGUACGAUGUGCGAGGAGAACUUUAGAGAAAUUGACAGUUUUGGUGAAUAUAAGGAAAUCAACAAUAGUAUGGAGCCAGAUGCAUUUGUUAACUAUGCCAUAGACUUUGGAAAAGAAAGUAAUGAAUCACAGCAUCAAACACUUAGCAGUAAAGUGAGACCCUUUAGAUGUGAAAUAUGUAGCAUGGAUUUUAAAAAGAGGCAUAACCUCUUACAGCACGAACUAACGCACACAGGAGAGAAGCCGUAUAAGUGUCCUGUCUGUGGUACAGAUUUUGCACGGAAGAGCAGCAUGGUGAGGCAUCACAAAAGGCACAUCGGAGAGAAGCUGUUUAAGUAUUCGGUGUCUGAAAAUAAUUUCGCACAGAAAAGUAACAGUGUGAUGCAUCAAAAUAUGUACACUAAACAGAAACCUAAUAUAUAUUCCACACUCAAGAAAAGGCUGAGAAAAAGAGGUCUCUUCCCAGAGCAUAAGAGCAUCCCCACAGUAAAAAACACAUAUAAAUGUGCCUCGUGUGACAAAAGUUUUGUGCAGAGGAGCAGCUUAAUACGACAUAAGAAAAGCCACACUAGUAUAACAUGUGAUACAAGUUUUCAAUCAAAAGAUAAUGACCCUCAGCAUGAACCAGUACAGACAGAGGAGGCACCGCACAAGUGUGCCACAUGUGACAAGAGUUUUAUCCAUAAGAGCAGCAUGAUACGACAUCUGAACAUCCAUACCUGUGAGAAACUCUUUAAAUGUCUAAUGUGUGACAGGACAUUUACAAGGAGGAGUAGUAUGUUACGACAUCAAAAAAUCCACACUGGCGAGAAAUCCUACACAUGUGCCAAUUACAACAGAUUCAGACAGAAAAGUGGCCUCAGAAUGCUUAAAAAAAUUUAUACAGGACUAAAGGCGUAUAAAUGUGCCACAUGUGACAGGCGGUUCAGGCUCCACCAUAACCUCCGGCAGCAUGAAAAAAUACACACUGAAAAAUUGGGAAUAGCACCCAUUCCAAGCAAAGCAUUAGAAACACCCCCUGAACAGUUGCAAAAAGUAAACCAGGAAGAAAGGCCAUAUAAAUGUUCUAUAUGUGGCAGAAGUUUUAGACUGAAAUGUAACCUCUGUCAGCAUGAACGUCUACAUACUGGGGAAAGGCCAUAUAAAUGCACCCUGUGUGACAGGAGGUUUAUGUUGAAGUUAAACCUUAGACAGCAUGAAAGCAUGCAUACUGGCGAAAAGCCACAUAAAUGUGCCACUUGUCAUAGGAGUUUUAGGCUAAAGCAUAACCUUGUGCAGCAUGAGCGAAUACAUAGUGGAGGCACAGGCAUAGGGCCCAUACCCAUUACUCCACCUGAAGCACAAGCUGAACACCUGGAAAAAGGACAAAUGGAAGAAAAGCCAUAUAAGUGUACCUUAUGUGGAAGAGGUUUUAGGCUGAAGUGUAAUUUAAUGCAGCAUGAACAAAUUCAUACUGGAGUGAAGCCGUACAAGUGUACCACAUGUGACAGGAGGUUUAGGCUGAAGCACAACCUUAUACAGCAUGAACGAAUACAUACUUGCAACUCAGAAACGGGGUCCGUUUCUUCUUUGGUAUUAAAAAGCACACCUGAAAAACAGGAAAAAGUGAGCUUGAUAGAAGAUCCACAGUCCUUUCCAUAUGACAAUAGCUUUAAGCUGCAGAAUAAUCUUGGACAGCUUGAGGAAAUGUAUACUGGAGAAUUGGGAAAAGACUCCAUUUCAGUUGAUGCAUUAGAAACAUCCCCUACAAAAGUGGGUACAGAAGGUCUGGUAGAAAAGCCAUAUAAAUGCACCACUUGUGACAGGAGAUUUAGGCUGAAGCAUAACCUCAUGCAACAUGAGCGUGUACAUACUGGUAACUCAGAAAUGGGGUCCAGUCCUACCACAGAAUUAGAGAACACCCCUGAAAAUGUGAACCUGGAAGAAAUGGCAUACAAGUGUUACAAAUGUGACAAGUGGUUUAGGCUGAUGCAUGACCUCAUUCAGCAUGAGCAAGAACAUACUGCUGAUGUGCAAACAAGGUUGUUUCCUAUUAUGGUAGUAGAAGAAAACUCUGAACAGCUGGAAGAUGUAAAUCUGGAAGAAAAUCUGUACAACCGCACCAUCUGUGACACUGGGUUUAGGAUGAUGUGUGACCUCACCCAACAUCAACAAAUACGCACCUCAAAGUUUGAAAUGGUGUCCAUUCCUACCAGGGCAUUAGAAAUUAACCCUGAGAAACAGCUUCCUGAACAGACGGAAAACCUUGAGCUGAACUAUAAUCUCAGUCAGUACCAACAAAUGUAUAGCACAAACUCUGAAUUGAGAUGUAGUUCUAUCCCGGCAUUAGAAACUAAUGCUGAAGAACCAGGAAAUGUAGCAUUGAAAAAAAAGCCAUAUAAAUGCUCCAUAUGUGAUAGAAGUUUUACUCUGAAAUGUAACCUCUGCCAACAUGAACGAUUACACACGGGAGAAAGGCCUUACAAGUGCACAAUUUGUGACAGGAAAUUUAUGUUGAAGUUAAAUCUUAGACAGCAUGAAAGAAUACAUACGGGCGAAAAGCCGUACAAGUGUACCACGUGUGACAGGAGGUUUAGACUGAAGCAUAACCUUAUUCAACAUGAACGAAUACAUACUGGCAAAACAGAAAUGGGGUCUAAUCCUGCUGUGGUUUUGGAAAACACCCCAGAAAAACUGGAAAAUGUCAGCCCGAUGGAAAAGCGAUAUAAUUGCAACACAUUUGACAUGAGUUUUGUGCUGAAGAGUGACCUUAUGCAGCAAGAGCAAACACAUAUUAGAAAUGCAGAAAUGGGUCAAUUGCCUGACAUGGCAUUAGAAAUACCCCCUUUACAAGUGGAAAAAGGAAACCUUGGAGAAAAGCCAUACAAGUGCAGUAUAUGUGACCGAGGUUUUAAAAUGAAAUGUAAUCUUAGCCAACAUCAGCGAAUACACACUGCAAAAUUGGAAAAGGUAUCCAUAAGUACAUCUGCAGAAAAUGACCCUGAGGAAUUAGAAAAAAUGCUUCAGUUAGAAAAACCUUAUAAAUGCAGCAUAUGUGGCAGACGCUUUAGGCUAAAGUGUAACCUUAUCUUACAUGAACGUCUACAUACAGGGGAACGGCCCUUUAAAUGCAACAUAUGCGACAGGAGGUUUAUGCUGAAGUUAAAUCUGAGACAGCAUGAAAGAAUGCAUAUGGGAGAAAAGCCACAUAGAUGUUCCACAUGUCAUAGGAGUUUUUGGCUGAAGUGUAACCUCAGGCAGCAUGAGCAGAUGCAUACUAGUGAAUCUCAAAUAACGUCCUCACCUGCCACAGCUUCACAAAAAACUCUUGAACUGCUGGAAAAGCAAAAUACAGCAGAAAAGCCUUAUAAAUGUGAUACUUGUGACCGGAGGUUUAGGUUAAAGCAUAACCUUAAACAGCAUGAACGAAUACAUACGGAAGGCUCAGGAAGGAGAUCCAUUCAAGCCACUGCAUCAGCAGUACCCCAUAAACAAGUGGAAACAGAAAAUCUGGAAGAAAAGCCAUAUACAUGCAACAUAUGUGACAGACGUUUCAAGAUGAAGUGUAAUCUCAGCCAACAUGAACAAAUGCAUACUGAAGAAAAACCACAUAAAUGUGCCACAUGUGAUAGGAGGUUUAGGUUAAAGCAUAACCUCAUACAACAUGAGAGAAUUCAUGGUGGUGUUUCAGCAAGACUGCUUAAUACAGUAGCAUUAGAAAACACGUCUGAAAAAGCAGAAAAACUAAACUCGGAAAUUAUGUCUAUUUCUACAAUGACGGUAGAAAACACACCUGAAAAAAUGAAACAAGUAAAAUCAGAAAUAGAGUCUAUUUCAAUAAUGGCAUUAGAAAACACCCCUGAAAAAACUGAAGAAGUGAAAUCAGAAAUGGUACCUGUUUCUAUAGUAGAAUUUCAAAACAUACCUGUAAAACUGGAAAAAGAGGACAUUGUAGAAAACUCAUAUGAAUGCACCACACAUGAUGGGAGUUUGACGCUACAGCCUAACUUUAUGCAGCAUGAGCAAACACAACUUGGUGAUUUACACAUGGCGUCUAUGUACACAAUGACAACGGAAAACACCCCUGAGAAAUUGGAAAAGUUGAACCUGGAAGAAAGGCCAUAUAAAUGCUCCACAUGUGACAGGAGGUUUAGGAUGAAGCAUAACCUCACACAGCAUGAACGAAUACAUAGUGGCAACUUGGCUAAAUAUUCAGAGAAGUUAAUGAAUGACUCAGAAAUUGGAUCCAUUACAGCCAUGGAAUUAGAAAACAUACCUGUGAAAUUGGAAGAGUCAAACCUAGUAGAAAAGAUAUAUGAAUACAGCACAUGUGACAGAAGUUUUGAGCUGAAUUAUAAUAUUAUACAGCAUGAGCGAAUACAUACUUCAGAUGCCAUGGCAUUAGAAAUAUCCGCUGAGAAAGUAGAAGAAGUAAACCCUGGAGAAAAGCCAUACAAGUGCAAUAUAUGUGACCGGAGUUUUAGGAUGAAGUGUAACCUUAGCCAACAUCAGCGAAUACACACUAAGGACUUGGAAAUGGGAUCAAUUCCUACUACACCCUUGGAAAAAAAUGCUGAGAAAUUAGAAAAAGUAGCCUCGGUGAAAAAGCAGUAUAAAUGCAGCAUAUGUGGCAGGCGUUUUAGGCUGAAAUGUAACCUUGUCUUACAUGAACGUUUACAUACUGGAGAAAGGCCUUUUCAAUGUAGCCUGUGUGACAGGAGGUUCAUGCUAAAAUUAAAUCUUAGACAGCAUGAAAGAAUGCAUUCAGGAGAAAAGCCUUAUAAAUGUGCUGUGUGUCAUAGGUGUUUUUGGUUAAAGUGCAACCUCCGGCAGCAUGAGCAGAUACAUAGUGUUGAUUCUCAAGUGACAUCUACACCUGCCAAAGAUGUACACAAAACUCCUGAACAGCUGGAAAAAGAAAACAUGGUAGAAAAGCCUUAUAAAUGUGGCACUUGUGACCGGAGGUUUAGGUUGAAGCAUAACCUUAAACAGCAUGAACGAAUACAUACUGAAGGCUCAGGAAGUGGAUCAGUUCAUACCGCUGCAUUAGCUGCACCCCAUAAACAAGUGGAAACAGAAAAUGUAGAAGAAAAGCCAUAUAAAUGCACCAUAUGUGACAGACGUUUUAGGAUGAGGGGUAAUCUCAGCCAGCAUGUACAAAUGCAUACUGAUAUAAAACCUUAUAAGUGUGCCACAUGCAAUAGGAGGUUUAGGUUAAAGCAUAACCUCAUACAACAUGAGAGAAUUCAUAGUGGUAUUUCAAAAGUACUGCCUUUUUCUAUAAUGGCAUUAGAAAGCAACCCUGAAAAAAUGGAAAGAGCUAACUCAGAAAUGAUUUCUCUUUCCACAAUGGCAUUAGAAAGCACCCCACCAAAAAGUGAAGUAAACUCAAAAAUGGUAUACAUGUCUAAAGAGGCAUUCAAAAAUGUCCCUGAAAAAAUGGAAAAAUUGAACUCUGAAAUGGUGUCUUUUUGUACUAUGACAUUAGAAAACAACAUUGAAAGCACCCCAUUAAAAAGUGAAGUAAACUCAGAAAUGGUAUACAUGUCUAAAGAGUCAUUCAAAGAUACCUCUGAAAAAAUGGAAAAAUUGAACUCAGAAAUGGUGUCUGUUUGUACAAUGACAUUAAAAAACAACAUUGAAAGCACCCCACUAAAAAGUGAAGUAAACUCAGAAAUGGUAUACAUGUCUAAAGAAGCAUUCGAAAAUACCUCCGAAAAAAUGGAAAAAUUGAACUCGGAAAUGGUGUCUGUGUGUUCAAUGACAUUAAAAAACAACAUUGAAAAGCAGAAAGAAAUGAUCCUGGUAGAAAAGCCAUAUAAAUGUAGCACAUGUGACAGGAGGUUUAGGCUGAAACAUAAUCUCCUGCAACAUGAGAGAGUACACCCAGGAAAACUGGAAAAAAACCUGGUAGAAAAGCUGUAUAAAUGCACUACAUGUGACAGAAGGUUUAGACUGAUGCAUAACCUCAUGCAGCAUGUACGAGUACAUAAUAAUGGCUCAGAAAUGGCAUCAGUCCCUGGUGUGGCAUUAGAAAAAACUCCCAAGAAAAUGGAAAAUGUGAGCCUGUUAGAAAAACCGUAUAAAUCCAGCAGAUGUGCCAGAGGUUUUGAUGUACAGUAUAACCUUUUACAGCAUGAGAAAACACAUACUAUAGACACAGGAUUGGAGCAGCUUCUUCCUAUGGCUUUUGAAAUUCUCCCUGGGCAAGUAGAAAAAGUAAAUGUGGGAGACAACCCAUUGAUGUAUAAUUUUGUAGAGCAUGAGCAAACACAUAUAGGAGACAUUGGACUAGGGCAGCUUCCCAUCAUGCCAUUGGAAAUACCCCCUGAGCAAGGGAAGGAAAGAAGCCUGGGAGAAAGGCCGUACAAGUGUACCAUAUGUGACCGGGAUUUUAAGAUGAAAUGUAAUCUUAGCCAGCAUCAGCGAAUACAUAAUGCACACUUGGAAACGAGGGUCAUUCCUACCUUGCAUUUAGGGGGAAAAAAUGAUCAACAAGAAAAUGCAGUUCUAGCAGAAAAACCAUAUAAAUGCAGCAUAUGUGGUAGACACUUUAGACUGAAAUGUAAUCUUAUUUUGCAUGAACGUUUACAUAGUGGAGAAAGGCCCUUUAAAUGCUCAUUAUGUGAUAAGAGGUUUAUGUUAAAACUGAAUCUCAGACAGCAUGAAAGAAUGCAUUCAGGAGAAAAGCCACAUAAAUGUUCCACUUGUCAUAGAAGUUUCUGGCUAAAGUGCAAACUCAGGCAGCACGAGCAGAAACAUAGUGCAUCUGUAGGUAGCACAGAAUCCGAAAAAACAUCUGAACAAUUGGAAGAAACAAACUUGUUAGAAAAGCCACACAAAUGUAUCAUAUGCAAUAGGAGAUUUAGGCUGAAGCAUAACCUCCGGCAACAUGAGAAGAUACAUACAGUGGGGUCUUCUCCUACUAUAUCGUUAGAAACAUCCCCAGAACAGGUAGAAAAAGUAAACUUUGAAGAAAGGCCACAUAAAUGUAGCUCAUGUGACAGACGUUUUAGGUUGAAAUGUAACCUUAGCCAACAUGAACGAAUACAUACUGAAGAAAAGCCUUAUAAAUGUUUUACCUGUGGUAAGAGUUUUAGGCUGAAACAUAAUCUUUUGCAACAUGAAAGUAUACAUGUUGGACACUUAGAAAAGGGUUCCAUUCCUGCCAUGACUUUAGAAAGUAGCUCUGAACAAGCGAAAAAAGUAAACCUGGGAGAAAAGCCGCAUAAGUGCACCAUAUGUGGGAGAGGUUUUAGGAUGAAAUGUAACCUCACCCAACAUGAACAAGUACACACUGAACUUAAGCCGUAUAAAUGUACAAAAUGUGACAGAAAGUUUAGACUGCAGCAUAACCUUAGGCAACAUGAGCAAAUACACACUGAAAACUUGGGAAUUCCUGUCAUAUCAUUGGAAACACCACCUGAACAAAUGAAAGAAGAAAGCCAGAUAGGAAUGCCUUAUAAAUGCACCAAAUGUGGCAGGAGUUUUGAGUUGAAACAUAACCUUGAGGAUCAUGAACAGAUGCAUGCCGAUGAAUCAGGAAUAGAGCCCAUUUCUCCCAUGGCAUUGGAAAACCACCCUAAACAACUUGAAAAAGUAAAUAUGCCAGAAAAAAUAUAUAAAUGCGCCACAUGUGAUAGGAAGUUUAGGCUUAAGCAUAACCUCAUUCAGCAUGAGCGAAUACAUACAGGUAAAUCACAAAUGGGGCCCAUUCCUGCCACAGUAUUAGAAACAGCCCCUGAACAACAAUCGGAAGGAAAGCUGAGAGGAACGCCAUACAAGUGUGCUACUUGUGGCAAGAGGUUUAGAAUGAAACAUAACCUUUGGCAACAUGAAAAGACACAUACUGGAGGUUCAGAAAUAGGUUAUGUUCCUUCAGUGACAUUAGAAAAAAAUGUUGAACAUUUAGAAGACUGUAAUACAGGAGAAAUUCCAUAUAAAUGUGCCACAUGUGGUAAAGCUUUUGAAAAAAGGAGGAACCUUGUAAGACAUGAAAAGUUGCAUGAAAGGAAAAACAGUGUCCAUGUGGCAGACAGCUCUUAUAGCUGCAUCACAUGUAACAAAACGUUUAGACACAGAUUUGCCCUCCUAGAGCAUAAAAAAAUCCAUACAAGACUAAAACUAUAUAAAUGUGUUGCAUGUGAGAAAACUUUCAGACAGAAGAGCAGUUUGGCACGGCAUCAGAAAAUACACACUGGUGAAGAACCUUUUAAGUGUUCUGUGUGUGCCAUGAGUUUCAGACUAAAGUUUAAUCUUCGACAGCACGAACAGAUACACACUGGGGAGAAACUGUAUCAGUGUUCUACAUGUGAAAAGAGCUUUAUACAGAAGAGCAGCAUGAUUCGACAUCAGAAAAUCCACACUGGAGUCGAGUAUGUUGACUGCCCCAUAUGUGAAAAAAGUUUUAGUCAGAAGAGUAGUAUGGUCCGUCAUAAGAAAGUCCAUGCUGAAGAGAAAUCCUGUGUGCAUAACUUGAAUGUCAAGAUAAUUAAACAGAAACCUGAUAUGGGACAGUUUAAGACGUUCUGCACAGCAGCAAAUCCAUAUAAAUGCAACAUAUGCGGCAAGAGUUUUAAACUAAAGCAUCACCUGCGACAACAUGAGGACAUGCAUGUUGGGGAAAAGAGAAAUAAAUGUGCCACUUGUGGAAAGAGUUUUCGAUUAAUGCAUCACCUUCGACAACAUGAACAAAUGCAUGUUGGAAUGAAACGUUAUAAAUGUGCCACAUGUGACAAGAGAUUCAGAAUGAAGCACCACCUGAGACAACAUGAGAAGAUACACAUUGGAGUAAAACUGUAUAAAUGUGCCACUUGUGAAAAGAGUUUUGGAAAGAGGAGGAACCUUGUAAGGCACCAGAAGAUACACAGGGUAAAAGCACAUAAGUCUCCCACGUCUGUCAUGAGUUUCACUGAGGACAGCAUUUUGGUACAAUCACGAAACAAUUGCAGUGCUAAUAAUCAUUUGAAAGAAUUAAGCUGUAGUAUGAAACCCUGUGAAAGUGACAUAUGUAGUGACUUAGUUACUGUGGAUGAUGACCUCAAAGCCCACAAAAGUGUAAACACAGAAGGGAAGCAAUUUAAAUGUGAAACAUGUGGCAAAUGUUUUAGACUGAAAUGCCUAAUGACACGACAUCAGAGAAUCCACACUGCUGAGAAAAUCUAUAAAUGUGCCUCUUGUAAUAUGAGCUUUAAACUAAAGCAUAAUCUCAGACAGCAUGAACAAAUACAUAUGAUACAGAAGCGGCAUAAAUGUGACUCAUGCUUUAAGAGUUUUACACGUAAAAGCAGCCUGGUACGACACCAGAAGUCUCACUCAGAAGAGAACGGUCUACAGACAGCUGAAAUAACAUUAACUUUGUGAAUGGUAAUGUAUGCUCCAUUAUUUGGAAAAAUUAAACGAAAUGAAAGUUUAAAAAGUUAGCAGCUCAGAAGUUCUGAAAGGCAAUACAUGGUGAUGGAAUUGAUUUGGUUAUGGUGCAAAAGGUACAAGGUGGAGCCCCAGUCUCAAAAAAGAUUGAGUCUUUUUAACAAAGUAGGUAAGUAGCCAGCAAAUGCAGCAUGAAUUUGGUGAAACUAUAACUAAGAUGUUUAAUAAAAUGAGAACCAGAAAAUCUGUCUAUGAAAGCACACGAAAAAAACUAAGUGAACGCUGAGGAAAAGCAGAAAGUACCAAACGGAAAGGAAACGGUCAAGACAAAACAAUAUGAUGGGGAAUGUGGUGUUAAUGAAAGUGCAAAACUAUACUUGAAAGGCUGUAAAAUGUUCAGAUGACGCAUAUUGGUAGAAGAUUAAUAAAAUGAGCAAAUAUAGUUUGUAAAACCUUGUAAGAGAUCAGUAGACUUCACUACUGUGCAGGCAGGAUAAUAGCAGAUGGAGCACUGCAAGAUCAAAGUAAGUCAGCAUACAGCAUACCACCAAGGAAACCAUGGCUGGGGAGACGGUAAAGGAAUUUGGAAAAUAAGCAUUGCUGGAGGUUGCAAAUUGAAGUUGAUCAGUGAAACAAUUACUGCAAACUUAGAUGUACUAAAUAAAAGAAGUGUUGAAGUAAAGUAAGAUUUAGUUUACAGUCUCAAACUUUCCAUGUCUUGGUAGGUUGAAAAUUCUGAAGACGUUUUGAAAAGUAAAGUAAAAAAACACAAAAGGUAAUUUAUAGAUGGUAAUAUGAAGUUCUGAAAAAGGCAGAGAGAGGAGCAGUAAUACCUCACCCCAGAAACAAUGGGAAGUUCAGAGGUUUAGAAAAAUAUGUUAUUCUGUUGAUCAUAGUGAAGUAUAAUACAGUGCUUAAAAUAAUAAAGUCACAAAAGCGCUAGUAUAAUGCAUGUGAAAUGGAGGAUACUGAUCAAUUAGUACACAGCAAUAAAAUUAAGAAAGAUUCUUAAGUGGAAAAACUCAGCUUCCAGAUGGCUACAGUUUAUGGCUAAAAACAUGACCGCCUUUACACCAUGACCCAGCCUUGCAUUAAAAAAAUGUGCACAUCUCAAGUUUCAUCAGCUCUGAUAAAAAUGCUGCUAAACUGUAUACCCACAAAACUGUUCAAGAUGUGUCAUCUAGUGACUCCUCAUAGCAACGUAUCUUAUUACUUGAACAGAUGCAGAUGCUGUUACCAGUUAAAAAAACAAGCUCCCUAAUUACAUCAGGUGAACGGUUAUAAAAAAAAAAAAGGCACAAAGGUACUACCAUUGCUUGAUGCUAAACAUGGCCCCGGUGGACAGUUGUGUGUGCGUGUGCAUACACAGGCAAGCAUGUGUAUGUGUAGAAAAAUUUUGAAGCAGAAUGAGGACAGAAGAAAAAAAUAUUGAGUUAACAUCCUAAACUCCUAGAUUGCUGAACAUUCAUAGGUAGUUCAGAGUUCACACAUUUCUAAAAAAAAACUAUCAUCACCAUAUAAGAAUAUCAAUUCACUACAUGAGGUGAAUGGUCAUACCAUCAUUCGAGAUAAAAAGACACAUAGGAUAUUCUCUGCAGGGUUACAAAAAGUCAGUAAUUUACUGUAUCCUCAAUGCAUUGACAGGUAUGCACAGCAGCCCAAAUGGAGAGGGUAAAUGCUAGAAAACAAACCAUACUGAAGUGAUAAACUCUAGCAAAUGUAAAUUAAUCCUUUUCCAGAUGGCAUUCUGAUAACAUGUGGGCUUAGCAAAAGUAAUAUUAACAGGAGCAUGGAAGCACUGAUUCAUCAAAAGGCACUAUAGUCAAUAGAAAGCAGAUAUUUCCAUUCUCAAGAGUAUUAAGAUGGUACAGGAACCUGUAUUUACCAGCGAAGCUGUGACCUAGAAAUGGAUUAAGAGAGAUAAAUUAUUCUGUAAGAUGAGUGGCUGAUGCAGCAUAAAGCAAAGUUUUACUUUUUCAUUGAGGUGCUUUUUGAAAUGUGUACUGAAAUUGUAAGACAGGUGUAAGUUCUGUAACACAGAACCAUUUUGGACAUUUCUGUAACUGUGGAAUUACAUUGAUGAAGCAUUGCUAAUUGAAAGACACAGAAAUAAAAUUCCAUUGGAAACUGCA